AUGCGAUUAAAUUUAAUAUCGUUUUUUAUAAUAUUUACUAUUUUAGUUUCUAUUUCAAAUUCUCAGGAAUUUAGAUCAUAUACCGGUGAAGGAAAUAAUAAACAAAAUCCAAAACAAGGUUCAAUUUUUACUCCAUUUAUUAGACUUGCAAAUCCAAUUAAAUUUAAUAAAAAUGGAUUUCCAAAUAUAACGAAUCAACCAUCAAGAGCAAUUAGUAAUAUAAUAUUUGAUCAACAAACUCAUAUUGGUUCAAAAGAACAUUUAACUGAUAUGUUUAAUAUGUGGGGUCAAUUUUUAAUUCAUAAUAUGGCAUUAUCAAAACCAGAACCAAAUUCAUGGCCAAUUAAAGUACCAAAAUGUGAUCAAUAUUUUGAUCCAGCAUGUAUUGGUAAUAAAACAAUGAAUUAUUUUAGAACUAGAGCUACAGAAGUACCAUGUGAUGUAGGUAAAACCGUAGUUGAUGAAGAUGGUAAAUGUUAUGAACAAAUUAAUAGUUUAGGAUCCUAUAUAGAUGGUAAUGUACUAUAUGGAAAUUCAGAAGAGAUUUGUAAGAAUUUAAGAUCACUAAGUGGUGGUGAAAUGAAAAUGACAGUAACAGAUGUUGGUGAUUUACCACCAAAGAAUGUCCCAGGUGUACCAAUGGAUAACGAUGCAAAUUUAUUCCCAAUCGAUCAAUUGUAUAGUGUUGGUGAGAGAAGAGGUAAUGAAAAUCCAGGAUUACUAUCAAUUCAUACAUUACUACUUAGAGAUCAUAAUAGAUUAGCUAGAAAAUUUGCAAGAUUACAUCCAGAAUGGGAUGAUGAAAGAGUUUUCCAACAAUCACGUUCAUGUAUAAUUGAACAAAUUCAAAAGAUUACCUAUGAUGAAUAUUUACCAACUACUUUAGGUUCCUUCCCAUCUUAUACAGGCUACGAUGCAAAUGUGAAUGCACAAGUUUCAAAUGAAUUUACAACUACAGCAUUUAGAUUUGGUCAUAGUGAAGUUGGACCAUUUAUGGAAUAUUAUUCAGAGAAUGGUACUCGUCUUCAACCAUUACCAAUUAAAUUCUCUUAUUUCAAUCCUCAUGCUCUUAAUAGAGGUGUUGAACCAUUAAUUCGUGGUUUAAUUAUCAAUGAAGAAGAAAAUAUCGAUAUCUAUAUGAUUAGUGAUUUAAGAAACUUUUUAUUUGGUAAACCAGGUCAAGGUGGUUUAGAUUUAGCAAGUAGAAAUUUACAAAGAAAUCGUGAUCAUGGUAUUCCACCAUAUAACUCAUUAAGACGUCAGUUAGGUCUUCGUCCAGUUCAAACUUGGUCUGAUAUCACCUCUGAUCCACAAAUUCAAAAUCGUUUAAAAAAUGCUUACAAAUCAGUAGAUGAUAUCGACUCUUAUGUCGGUGGUUUAGCAGAAGAUCAUAUGGAAGGUAGUUGUGUUGGUCAAACUUUUUAUCUCAUCAUCUAUGAACAAUUCUUUAGAACUAGAGCUGGUGAUAGAUUUUGGUAUGAAACUCCUGAAAUGAGAAUGGUAAAUCGUGAAUGUGAAACUACAACAUUUGCUGAAGUAAUUAAAAGAACAACUUCAAAUAUUGGUUAUGUUCAACCAAAUGUUUUUAGAAAAUAA